AUGGCACAGACCUGUGUUUCGCUGGCCAAUUCCUCGGCGUGUCCGGCCUUCAGCGCAGCCUCCAUAUCCACUGACACCAACCUGACUGCUCUAUUCCCGUUUUUACAGAACGUCUCCGACACCGCAUCCUUCGACGCUGGUAUCCAACAUUAUAUCGCUGCCGAUUUUACCCAAUUACGGUACCAACAACUAAUCGGCUGUUCUAACGUGAAUUUGGAUAACACCACAGCCUUCUACGCGCGAUACACCACCAGCGUUUUGUGCAAUGCCAUCGUGCAGAACUCCAUCGAUCCCUGCGCCUUGACCGAUAAUGCAACACGGCCGCUCUGUGCAGAUAGCUGCGCCGAGUACGCUCAGAGCGAGCAGGAGAUCACUGCUAGUAACAUUUGUGGCACCGCCGGCAAGAACGCUCUCACCCAAAUCCGCGCCGACUUCACCAAUUGCGCCUUGCCUGCUAGUUCCAUAACAGGCUCAUGCAUUGAAGCCGUUGAGAACCAGGCCGACAACUGCGGCUUCACCGACAACUUGUCUGGCCUGUGCUCCUAUUGUGCAGCCAGCUCGCCCAAUGCUACAGACUCCUGCUGCCUCUUCUCCAACACCACCGAACGAUGUGACGGCGUCAAGCUACCCAUCGUAGCAUCUGCCUCGCUGCUACAGCCAGUCACCAUCACCGCUUCCGCCACCGCCACCGCCGCGCCCACUGCCGGAGGAGCAACGCAGUCUUCAGGAAGCCACCACGAUGGUUUGAGCGGCGGACAAAUCGCAGGCAUCGUUGUUGGAUCAAUCUUGGGUGCACUGCUCCUCCUUGCUGCCAUCAUAGCAGGCUGCCUGCUCCUGAGAAGACAUAGAGACUCUAGUCCAGCUACCAGUGUCUUCAAUCAGCCGUCGACUGCACGAUCGCCGCAAAUGGCAUUCCACGACGGAACAAGAGAUGGACAGGAGCGCGCAGGACUGGCCGUCUUACCAGGUGGGCGAGUGGCUCGUAUGUCAGCGUUGGAAGACUCAAGCGCCUCAGACCACCACCUGCCCUACGCCAUGGGCUAUACUAAAGACACGUCACUAGACGAUGUGCCCGAACAGCUGGCGCCACCUCCGAAGCGUAGUGCCUCGCUCUCGAGUGGGUCUCAGCUUGCCAUUGGAGCAGCCGGUGUUGCAGACACCUCGCCCAGCUCUGGGGCGGAUUACACCUCUCCAGAGUCACAUGGGCAGAGCGAGCAACUCAACUUCUUCAAAGACUACUACUCACAAGAUGAGAUCCGCCCAGGAGACUUGGUGUCGACGUUGUGGGCUUAUGAACCGCGCGCCGCUGACGAGUUCCAGCUUGAGCGCGGAGACAUGAUCAAAGUACUGGGCAUCUGGGAUGAUGGAUGGGCCACUGGAGUCCGUGUCAGGCAGAGAGCUGAUGAUUGGAGGCCGGAAGACAAAGUCGCACGGGACAGCGGCCUGAGCGAAGCGCCUCCACAAGACCACACUGAUGAGGGCGAAGUCAAAGCCUUCCCACUCGUCUGCAUCUGUCUUCCUCAACAUUGGAAGAAGACCAUCGAGGGCGACUCAACAGACGGCACUGGGCCUCAA